AUGAACAAUUCACUUAAGAAGGGGUCCCAGUCAGGUCGCUGCUGCCGCUGCGGUGCAGCAUUUGAUCACCGGAAUGCCCGGAGAGCGGUUAAGUGCACGAAGUGUCAGCGUAUUUUUCACACUAAGUGUUUUCUAGCUGAGACAGGGUUGUCCGCUGCUGUGGAUUCCCACUGCGUUGUGUGUCUUUGCGGCAUUUCUCAGACUCCUUAUCCUUUGACAAUACAACAGAACACCUUAGCCAGAAAGUUUCUUCGUGAUGGCUUUGUUGUCGUACCACUGACAAGGAAGCCUAAAAGCAAACAAACCACGUUGGAGAAACUCGCAACUUUCCGAGCCAAUGCGGAGAGGUACUUCGGUGCCUUUAUUCGUGCAUACGAAAAUGAACUAGAGAUAUCUUCUAAAGCACCUAGUCUUCAGUCUGGUUACUCCAAUUUCAGGGAAAGAGGAAAGGGAAGAUACGAGGUAAUAUUCCCCAGUAUUAGAGAGGAGGUGCUUAGCAUUAUAGAAAAUUGCGAUGAAGUGACCAUGACUCUUGAUCUGCUAUUGGCACCGACAGGAAAAAGGGGAGACAUGCAGAGAAAACUGAUGUCCUGUGGGUGUUUUUAUUCUCUGCCUGGAAGUUUACGCCAGGAUGUUCACACGGACGGACCCGCCUUGAGUACUGUUGAGGAUUUGUUUCCGUAUGCGAUAAACGUUUUCGUUCCCCUUGUUCCCCUGAACAAAACUAACGGAACUGAAUUUUUCCCCGGUUCGCAUCGCGUGAACUAUAGUAGUAAACCCGUUUCUCAGCAGAGACCUGUGACGCCAACAGUGCCGCUCGGGAAGGUGCUACUGUUUGAUUACAGGGUUCUGCAUCGAGGACUCGGUAAUCGGUUGGGGUUCCAUCGUCCCUGUUACUAUGCAACAUAUGCUCGAUCAUGGUAUGAGGAUAAAUUCAAUUUCAGCUCAACUCGCUACCGGACUGCGUUGCAUGUACCCUCCUAUCUCUUGGAGCGAAGGUGUGAUAGAGAGGUUUCAAAAAGAUGCAAAGUGGAAUAG